GCGAGGCAGCAGCGCAGCCAGCGGCAGCGCCAGCCGCCAUGGCCUUCAGCACCCGCCUCGCCUCGUCCCUCCGCUCCACCCUGGCACCUCUGCACCGGGCAGCCCCCAGGCAGUGCCGGGGGCUCAGCACCCCACAGGGAUCAGAGCCCUCACUCAAUCUUGGGGGCAUCUUCCCCCCCCUCACCACCCCUUUCUCAGCCACACAGGAGGUGGACUAUGCCCAGCUGGAGGGGAACCUGCGCCACUAUGCCAGCAUUCCUUUCCGAGGGCUGGUGGCGCUGGGCUCCAACGGGGAGUAUCCAUACCUGGCCUCCUGUGAGAAGGUGGAGGUGGUGAGCUGCAUGCGCCGGGCUCUGCCCAGGGACCGCUUGCUGCUGGCUGGCUCGGGCUGCGAAUCCACCCAGGCCACCAUCAAGCUGACAGUCAGCAUGGCAGAGGCGGGGGCUGAUGUGGCACUGGUUGUGACACCCUGCUAUUACCGGGGGGCCAUGACCACUGCUGCCCUGAUCCAUCAUUACACAGAGGUUGGCGAUGCAUCCCCCAUCCCUGUGGUGCUGUACAGUGUCCCUGCCAACACCGGCCUGGACCUGCCCAUGGAGGCUGUCAUCACCUUGGCUCAGCACCCCAACAUCAUUGGGAUCAAGGACAGUGGUGGGGAUAUCACCCGCAUCGGGCUGAUGGUGCACAAGACGAGGCAGGAGGAUUUCCAGGUGCUGGCAGGAUCAGCUGGCUUCCUGCUGGCGAGCUAUGCUGUGGGUGCCUCUGGAGGUGUGUGUGCUCUCGCCAAUGUUCUGGGUGACCCACUGUGUCAGCUGGACCGCCUGUGCCGCACGGGCCAGUGGCAGGAGGCCUGUGACCUGCAGCACCGCCUCAUUGAGCCCAACACCGCGGUCACCCGCCGGUUUGGGAUCCCGGGGCUGAAGAAGGCCAUGGAGUGGUUUGGCUACUAUGGAGGUCCCUGCCGUGCACCCCUGGCCCCUCUGAGCCCUGCCCAGGUUGAAGAAUUGAGGAGCGCCUUCAGUGCCAAUGGCUGGUUGUGAGGUGUUCUCCAUCUGCCCCUUCCCACACUGGGAAGGGCUACACUGGGCAGACUGGGUAGAGGAGGGCGAUCCCAGACCAGCCUGCAUCCCUGCUAGCCCCCAAGGACCUGUCUUUACCUGGAAGGAGUGGAUCCUUGUGCCAUGAAUAAACCUGCAGUCUCCUC